AUGAUUCCAGCUGCAGGCUUCUGUAAUUUCAAGACCCUGAAAACUGAUUCCUUGUCACAUGAUGACCAAUAUUUUCCACGUCUUGAUUUUGUGAGGUGUUUGUGGUUGCAAGAAAAAGCGCUUGUCGUCGAAACUGAAAUUGGCGACAGAGAGGGAGAAGCAGAUUGUUAUGAAAAACUAGGCGAAGUGUUUGAGUCUCUCGAGCAAUAUAACAGGGCUAAAGAAUAUCUCGUAAAAGCACUUGUCAUCAGAACUGAAAUUGGCGACAGAAAAGGAGAGGCGGCCAACUACGGAAACCUAGGUAAUCUGUUUCAGUCGCUUGGGAAAUACCACGAGGCUAAAGAGUAUUACGAAAAAGCUCUUGUCAUCACAACUGAAAUUAGCGACAGAAAAGGAGAGGCAUCCAUCUGCAGAAACCUUGGUACUGUGUUUCAGUCGCUCGGGCAAUACAACAAGGUUAAAGAGUAUCACGAAAAAGCUCUUGUCAUCAAAACUGAAAUUGGCGACAGAAAAGGAGAGGCAGCCGGUUACAGAAACCUAGGUACUGUGUUUCACUCCCUCAAGCAAUACGACAAGGCUAGGGAGUUUCACGAUAAAGCUCUAGUCAUCAGAAAUGAAAUUAGCGACAGAAAAGGAGAAGCAUCCGACUACGGAAACCUAGGAACUGUGUUUCAGUCGCUCGGGCAAUACGACAAGGCUAGAGAGUAUCACGAAAAAGCUCUUGUCAUCACAUCUGAAAUUAGCGACAGAAAAGGAGGGGCAGCUAGCUACAUAAACCUAGGCACUGUGUUUCACUCGCUUAAGCAAUACGACAAGGCUAAAGAGUAUCUCGAAAAAGGACUUGUCAUCACAACUGAAAUUGGCGACAGAAAAGGAGAGGCAGCCAGCUACGGAAACCUUGGAACUGUGUUUCAAUCGCUUGAGCAAUACGACAAGGCCAAAGAGUAUUACGAAAAAGCUCUUGUCAUCAGAACUGAAAUUGGCGACAGAAUAGAAGAAGCAUCCGACUACGGAAACCUAGGUACUCUGUUUCACUCACUCGAGAAAUACGACAAGGCAAAAGAGUAUUACGAAAAAGCUCUUGUCGUCACAACUGAAAUUGGCGAAAGAGAAAGAGAGGCUGUUGAUCUCGGAAACCUUGGUACUCUUCUUCUGUCUCUUGGGCAAUACGACAUGGCUAAAGAGCAUCACGAAAAAGCUCUUGUCAUCAGAACUGAAAUUGAUGACAGGAAAGGGAAGGCAGUCAGCUACGGAAACUUAGGUUCUCUGUUUUAG